AUGAUUUCUGAUUACAAGAUGAAGUACAGAGAAUAUAUACAAAAGAAUUACCACUGGAUAAAAGACAUGAAUGCUUGUAUUGGUGAGACGGUGACUCUGAACUCCAGAUAUACAAGGUUGGUUCUUGUUAGUGGACAUUGCCAUGGAAAAAAGAAAGAACAUGAAAUCAGGGCAGAAACAAGUGAUUCUUCCAUUGUUUUAAGUGAUCUUUUUGAACCUGCCAGGGAUAGAAAGACCCCAAAGACUGUCAUGAUAUUGGGAGCUGCAGGAAUUGGGAAGUCAAUGACAGUAAGAAAGAUUAUGCUGGACUGGGCAUCAGAAGGACUUUACAGACAGUUUGACUAUGUUUUCUACAUACAUUGUUUGGAGGGUAAUCUUCUUACAGCUCAGGGGAGUACAGCUGACAUGAUCUCCAAAUGCUGCCCCAGUGAUAAUCCACCUCUUGUAGAGAUCUUGAGGAUACCAGAAAAACUCCUGUUUGUCAUUGAUGGCUUUGAUGAACUGAGAUUUUCUUUGGAACAGCCACAAAAUGACCUGUGCUCUGAUCCCUGGGAGAGGAAGCCAGAGGAAAUCAUCCUGAGCAGUUUAUUCAGGAAGAUUCUUCUCCCUGAAUGCUCACUGUUGAUCACAACAAGACUAGCUGCCCUGCAGAAGCCGGAACAGUGCUUGGUGAGUGAAUGCUCUGCUGAAAUACUGGGAUUUUCAGCAGCUGAUAGGGAGGAAUAUUUCCACAAGUUUUUUGAAAAUAAAGAAGAGGGAAGGAAGGCCUUUCAGUUUGUUAAAGGAAAUUAUGUAGUCUUUACCAUGUGCCUUAUCCUGAUCAUGUGCUGGAUUGUCUGUACUGUUAUGAAACAACAGCUUGAAAGUGGUGAAGAUCUUGCACAAACUGCCAAGACAACUACAGGAAUAUAUAUCCUUUAUGUUUCCAGCCUACUAAAAUCCCUGUGCAAUGAUAACAAAAUAAGAGAUAAGCAAGAAGAUCCUAAGACGGAUGUGAAAAAAAUGUUAGAACACUAUGGAAACUCAAGACAUAAUUUCGUGUUAACUGUGUGGUUCCUAUUUGGUCUCUUAAAUGAGGAACAAAGAAAUGCUCUGGAAAAAGAAACAGGGUGCAAAAUUUCUCCUGAAAUUAAGGAAGAAUUACUGAUGUGGCUUCAAAUCCUUUUUAGACAGAGGCUGGAGUGGUGCAAACUCACAGCUGCCUGCUGUGAGGUUCUUGCUGUGAUGCUCAGCACCAGCCAAUGCCUAAUGGAGCUGAAACUGCGUGGAAAUACUCUGGGAGACCCAGGAGUGCGGCUGCUGUGUGAAGGGCUGAAACGUCCCACCUACCAGCUGCAGAGAUUGGGGCUGCGAGGUUGCAGUCUCACAGAUGCCUGCUGUGGGGACUUGGUCACUGUGCUCAGCACCAACCAGACCCUGCUGGAGCUGCAGCUGAGUGCUAGUGCCCUGGGAGAUGCUGGAGUGCACCUGCUAUGUGAGAAGCUUAAACACCCUACCUGCCACCUUAAAGAAUUGCA